CUCCUCCGUGGAGCUUCAAUCAAGGAUGUUGGAAGAGAGAAAGAGGGAAGUAGCGACAGACUGGUGGACAGUAGCCUACAGUACCGUAGCACUUUGGACAUUUACCCUCUGCCAAUGAAUAAUAAGCCACUUAUUUCUUCUCGGAGAUCCAGGAGGGGACAAAAUGUCUUGACUGGAGCUCUGUCUGGCACCACAGAUCUACAAGGGAAGAUGCACAUAUAACGUGGUGGAUGUUAAGAAGAAGAAGUGAUGAGACGUUUAUCGGAAGCACUCUGACAGGAUGGCAUCACAGGAGGAGAAGGAGCCUCCUCCAAACGGAGGUCAAUCAGAUAGCCGUCUAAAGAGCAAGAAGCCGCCCAGCCUUGUAAUAGCCAUCCCUCCACCUGAGGCUACAAUGUCCCACGACCCUGAAAAACGGCCACUGCGACCAUCCCUGAAAAAAAGUGAGAGUGGUCAAGCACCAGGUUCUGUGUCGGAGAGCAUGACUGGAGCCGGAGAUGGAGGCGGCUUAGCCAGAGACAGAAGGGCAAAGUUUGGUAGACAAACAUCGCUCUCUCAAAGCAUCCGCAGGAAUACAGCCCAGUGGUUUGGUGUGGGAGAAGACUGUGAGACCAAGCAGCAGGUAUGGCACAGGAAGAGCCUGCGCCACUGCAGCCAGCGUUAUGGCAAGCUGAAGGCCCAGUAUAGGGAGCCUGACACAGCCACCAGCAUCGACCAGAGCCUGGACUCACCAGCUGCACACAGGAUGCCCAAGAUUGUGGAUCCCCUGGCACGAGGAAGAGCCUUCCGUUGCCCAGAUGAAGUGGACAGUCGCUCCCCCAGGACGCCACACGCCGCUCAGGGGGUUCCCAUCACCCCGGGGGUCACGUCACUCAGCUCUUUCACCAGCCAGCGCUCCGGGUACAGCCGUUUCCCCAGGCGCAAGAGGGAGUCCGUCGCCCGCAUGAGCAUCCGAGCUGCAUCCAACUUGCUGAGGGGUCGUAGUGGUUUGGCAGGCUCCCAGACAGGCCGCAGUUUCCCCAGGAGGAGCUUUGCCAGGCCCAGCUGGAUGGAUGAGGACACAGUGGACUCUGCAGAUGCAUCUGAGUCACUCUUCUUCAGCAAGGUCGAUGCCCAUGAUGAGUUGUACUCAAUGGCUGAUGAUGUAUUUGAAUCUCCUCCCAUGUCAGCGGCUACAUGUGAGCAGCCUGACCAGAAGUUCCCAAGCCUUAAGGACGUAUCUCGGACGCCCAGGACGCCAAUAGUAGUGCCCGAAAAGAGCCAUCCUCGUCGCGGGGGUCGCAUCGCCUCCCAAGUUAAGCACUUUGCAUUUGACAAACAUAAGCGUCAGUACGGCAUGGGAGUUGUGGGGAAGUGGCUGAACCGGCACUACCGACGCAGCCUCAGCAGCAACGUCCAGAAGCAGCUGGACGACUUCCACAGCCACAGGCCUUACUUUACCUACUGGAUCACAUUUGUCCAUGUAGUAAUCACACUACUGGCCUGUUGCACAUAUGGUUUUGCCCCUGUGGGGUUUGCACAACAUUCUACAUCUGAACUGGUGCUGAAGAACAAAGGCAUUUAUGAGAGUGUCAAGUAUAUCCAGCAAGAGAACUUCUGGAUUGGUCCCAGCUCUGAGGACCUGAUCCACUUAGGGGCCAAGUUCUCACCAUGCAUCCGUCAGGACAAGCAGAUAGUGAGUCUGAUCCAGAGGGCCAAAGACCUGGAGAGAGAGUCUGGCUGCUGUGUUCAGAAUGACAACUCUGGAUGUGUGCAGACCCACAGCAAUGAUUGCUCCGAGACACUGGCCACGUUUAUUAAAUGGAACAAUGAGCCUGUGGACAGCAUCAGCAGGUCCUCUGGUUCUGUCUGUCACCAGGAUCCCAGAGUGUGUGAAGAGCCUGCCUCUGCAGAGCCUCAUACAUGGCCAGACGACAUCACCCAGUGGCCGGUGUGUACAUAUCCCAAGAAGUGGAACCACACAGGUUACAGACACAUGGACUGUAACAUCAAGGGACGACCAUGCUGCAUAGGAACUAAGGGCAGAUGUGAGAUCACCACCAGGGAGUAUUGCACUUUCAUGCAUGGUUACUUCCAUGAAGAUGCCACACUCUGCUCACAGGUCCACUGUCUGGAUGAUGUGUGCGGCUUGUUGCCCUUCCUUAACCCUGACGUUCCAGAUCAGUUCUACCGUUUCUGGCUGUCUCUCUUCCUCCAUGCUGGGCUUUUACACUGUGUGGUGUCAGUGGUGUUCCAGAUGACCAUACUGAGAGACCUGGAGAAGCUGGCUGGUUGGGUCCGUAUCUCCAUCAUUUACAUCCUGAGUGGCAUCACAGGAAACCUCGCCUCUUCCCUGUUCCUGCCCUACAGAGCUGAGGUGGGUCCAGCUGGGUCUCAGUUUGGUCUCCUAGCUUGCCUGUUUGUCGAGCUGUUUCAAGGCUGGCAGAUGCUGGAGAAGCCGUGGAAGGCCUUUACCAAACUGUUGUGCAUUGUCCUCUUCCUCUUUCUGUGCGGCCUCCUGCCGUGGAUCGACAACAUCGCCCACAUCUUCGGUUUCCUCAGCGGUAUGCUGCUCUCCUUCGCCUUCCUGCCCUACGUCACCUUUGGAACUUUCGACAUGUAUCGGAAACGUAUCCUCAUUUUCGUCUCGAUGUUGGCCUACAUCGGGCUGUUCUCCUCCCUCAUCGUUUGGUUUUAUAUUUACCCGAUUAACUGGCACUGGCUGGAGCAUCUCACCUGCCUGCCCUUCACGAGCAAGUUCUGUGAGAAGUAUGACAUAGACCACGACAUUAACGACAUAGAGCACUAGUCACAAGGUUCCUGAUGAGGACCACAGUGUGUGCCACUGAUCCACUAGCUUCUAGCCAAUGACCAAAUCAGUUGUUUCCAGGUCAGCUGGCCCUUUUAAGAACAUGGUGAUCAUGUUUUUAUUCCCUCAUCAAUGGACCUGGUCAGAGUUCAUAUGAUGGAACUGGAUCAGUCUCCUCUCUUCAGCCUGCUGAUUUGCAUACUUCUGUAAAACUUUACUCAACCUUUCUAAUCCUCAGUCAAGUCUGGCACCACCUAGCAUGUUAAUUUGCUAAUGGGCUAGGAGAUCCUCAGAGUCAGAGGACAGGAAGAAAUACUCAGGAUGACAAAACUGCAUAGAACUGGGUAAAUGAAAGGAGAGGAUCAGUAGAACGACAGACCGUCUGGUUCCUUCAGUUCAUGAACACUCACGUCAAUCUAAAGAAGCCAAAUGAGAGAAGAAGGCACAGGCGUCUACAAUCACUUUUCCCUUUAACUCAAUGGACGGCAAGCAGCUGAGAUGAAGAAAAACUGAUGCCACAGUGGGUCAUCAGGUCUCCUGUUGCCUCCUACCACUGAUUCUUGUUUUCAGUAACACAGGGUUCAACACUACAAAGACUGCCAUUCAGUUCCUCUGCCUCUCAAUGUUUUAACUGUCACAAAAUGCUUUCAGAGUAUCGUUGUUCUUUUGUACGUAUACACUUGGCAUGUUGGUAAUCUUUGGAGUAGUGAAAUGGUAUGCUACAUAUGCUACAUAAAACAAAGCGUUCCAAGUAUUAACUGUGCAGCUAAAGUGACAAGAGUGAAAUGUCAGUGGUUAACUAAGGUAAGAUUUCUAUCUAAAACCACUAGUUGCCUUAAACAGACUAUGCCAUUUUAUAAAGAUGCCUCAUUGUACUUUUGCGUACAGCUUGUGAUCAACUUACUGAAUGACAAUGAACAUAUUUGUGACCCUAACCUACCAAAGCAAAUUCACAUGCUGCUUAUAUAUGCAUGUUGUUUUCCUCAAUCACUUUGUUCCCUGUAUGUCACUGCCACAAACAACAAGUCCUCAGUCAAGCUUUUAUUUGAUCAUGUUUGUCUGUUAGCACAGUGGUGCCUAAACCAUUUUGUAGAUUUAUUCUGAAAAGACUCAUGGAAAUAAUAUUUAUUCUAGGAGCAAUUACCUAAACAGGAUUUUUUGUUAGAUCAGAGCAAGUUUUUGUACUGUAUUUUUUGACUUCAUGAAACCGUCACAAUCACAUUU